AUGUAUUUAUUAGUAGUAGACGAUGGUCAAUUUGGAAAAGUUAUUACUCAUGAAAUUCCUGCAAUUCGUCAGGCUUUUGAUCGUAUUUAUGGUGAUAAAUCCAAUCAUCCACUAUUAACUUUUGUUGUUGUAAAAAAACGUCAUAAUACACGUUUUUUUAAUUAUAAUACAACAACGAAACAGAUGAAUAAUAUGAGUAUUGGUGACGUCAUUGAUACAACAAUUGUUCAUCCAUAUCAAAAUAAUUUUUAUUUAAAUUCACAUAAUGCUUUUCAAGGUGUUAAUCACUUAUCACUUUAUCAUGUACUUUUGGAUGAAAUUGGCUUCACUGCUGAUGAAUUACAAUUGUUAACAUACCAUUUAUGUUUUACAGAUCCUCGAUCAUCAGCUUCUGAAGCUAUUCCAUCGGUUGUACACCAGGCUGACAUAGCAGCAUUGAAAGCACGAGAUUUGUUUUAUGAUGAUGAACGCUCAUCGGCAACUACCGUUGGUGGACGUAGUCAAUCAUUACGAAAUCCAACUCUGAAUGAUGUAGAUUACAAGAUUCUUGAUGUACAUGAGAAUCUUAAAAAUCGACCAGUAUUUGGUUAA